AUGGCGUAUCCGAGGAACAAUUAUGAUGUUGGAUUAGAAGAUUCUACUGUGUAUCGUUACCUGUGUCCUACGAGAAAAGCAGGGAGCAUAAUUGGGAAAGGCGGUGAGAUUGCGAAACAGCUAAGGUCCGAGACGGGAGCAAACAUGAGGAUAAACGAGGCUUUGCCCGGUUGUGACGAGCGCGUUGUUACCAUAUAUUCGACUAGCGAGGAGACGAAUGGUAUUGAGGAUGAUGGAGAGUUUGUUUGUCCUGCCUUUGAUGCACUUUUCAAGGUUCAUGAUAUGGUUGUGGCUGUUGAACAUGACAAUGAGGAUGGUUACGAUGACGAUGACGACGAGUAUAGCGAGAAACAAACAGUAGUCACCGCGAGGCUGCUUGUGCCGUCUGAUCAAAUUGGUUGCCUUAUUGGGAAAGGUGGACAAGUUAUCCAAAAACUCCGUAUUGAAACCAAUGCUCAGAUUCGUGUUAUAAAUGAUAAUCUGCCCAUUUGUGCUUUGGCUUUUAGCCAUGAUGAGCUUCUUCAGAUUGUUGGAGAGCCCUUGGCUGUGAGAGAAGCUCUUUAUCACGUUGCCUCUCUGCUUUAUGAGAAUCCGUCUCGAUUUCAAAGCUACUUUCUGUCUUCAUCGAGUAACCUGCAUCAGCCAGGUGGAUUGCUAAUGAGUCCUGCACUAACGAGCUCUCGCAACAACUACUCUGCGUCAAGAGAUGCUGCUGAUGCAAGAGAGUUUUCGAUCUGCUUCAUCUGUCCAGCUGAAAAUGUUGGAGGUGUGAUAGGAAAAGGAGGCUGUUUCAUAAACCAGAUUAGGCAAGAAUCUGGUGCGACCAUUAAAGUCAAUACCUCAGAGACUGAUGAAGAUGAUGAUUGCUUGAUUUUCAUAUCAUCAAAGGAGUUCUUUGAAGAUCAAUCCCCAACGGUUAACGCAGCCUUACGCUUACAAACGCGGUGCAGUGAGAAAGUGGGGAAAGAUUCGAAUGACUCUGCAAUCUCCACUCGUGUACUUGUUCCUAGUUCUCAAGUUGGGUGUCUCAUUGGAAAAGGUGGAGCUCUUAUAUCCGAGAUGAGGAGUGUCACAAAAGCGAAUAUCCGCAUUGUUCAAGGCGAACAUGUGCCGAGGAUUGCUCGUGAGGAUGAGGAGAUGGUCCAAAUAACAGGAAGUCUUGAUGCAGCAAUCAAGGCUCUGACGCAAGUGAUGUUGCGGUUAAGAGCUAACGUGUUCGACAUGGAUCGUGGUCUUGUCUUGCUUCCGACGUUCUUUCCUUAUGUUUCUCAAACAAGAGAGACUUCGAGCAAGCCUAGGCAGCACAGAAAACGCGAGAAUUACUCUCAUGGUGAAGUUGCUAGAGAUGAAGACUAUGGUAGUCAAAUGAGCUCAAAUUCCCCUAGAAGAAACCGUGUUUAUUGA